CGUAAGUUGAGUUGCAUCUCCAUUCCUUCUAUCUAGUUUUCUCUUUUUUUAAAGCUUUUUUAUUUUCUCUAUUGAACCACUGUUUCGACUGUUAGAAAUUAGAUGAGAAAUUGUUUCGAUCACCCUUUCCACGGUUUCGUAUCCCGUUUCAAUCAAUCGGUAGCCUAGAUUCCUGUUCAUUUCACACCCCCGUGGCUCGCCUCGCGUCAUCCCCCCAUGCGCGACUGAGUCCUUCGGUGGAACCCCGUGAAAAGAUCCUCGCCACAGUUUCACCUCGACCAUCAAGACCAUAAGAAGCUCUCCAGGGAACAAUCCCAAAAAUUGUUGGUUAAAAAAGCAAACAGUACAUCGUUACUCGGACGUUUAAUUGAAAAUUCAACAAUUCGUUAAGGAGGUUUGUCAGUGAAAUGUGUAAAUUAAAAAGGCAUACCAUCCGCACCUCGUGAAAUCUGACGAACCUCCUUAAGCAAGUUGAUAAUCGACGCCCCUUUUGACUGAGUUAUCAGUUGUUCAGUGUCAUGACUGAUGUGAACAGUAACAAUAUGACUAAGGAGGUCUCGAAAAAGUCAUUCGAACACGCGAAAAGGGAAUUGCGUUCGCUAGUGACGAAAAUCGAAGGGGAGAGCCUCGUUAAGAGAUCAGUGAAAUUAUUUUGUGCGCGCCGGCUGCUGCGAUCCGGAGGAUCGAAACUCAACAGCUGGAGACACCUGUGGAUCUUGUUGAUCCUCGCGUGGAUUCUGGCCCAAUUCCUCUGGAAUUACGCGUACACGAUGCGGUAUGAUAAGUGCCUGGCGGAGUUGCCUUCGUUCACGCAGAAAAUAUUUCGGCCAGCUGAGGACUGUUCGAUUUGUCAGGACGUUCAACAGGUUGACAGGAUAUCCAAUGUGGAUCCUGCCGUUUUUGAGGAACGUUACGCGUAUUCUGGAAGGCCCGUGGUUGUAACUGACGCGAUGGUCAACUGGACAGCGACGAAGGCGUUCUCGUUCUCGUUUUUCAAGUCGUUGUACGAUGGACAGGAUGCGAACUGCCAGUUCUUUCCUUACAAGACCGAGUUUAAAAGCCUUCAGGAUGUUUUCGACAUGAGCGCCGAACGAGCUUUGCUACAGGAAGGGACGAGGCCGUGGUACGUGGGUUGGAGUAACUGCGACGAGGAAAUCGGUAGUGUAUUAAGGCAAUACUAUCAAAGACCCUACUUCCUGCCCGAUACUGCUGAAACGGAGAAAACCGAUUGGAUUUUUAUGGGAAGUCAUGGUUACGGCGCACCCAUACACGUGGACGACGUGGAACAUCCCUCGUGGCAAGCACAGAUUAAAGGCGAGAAACUGUGGAUUUUGGAACCACCACGAGAGUGUUAUUACACUUGCAAUAGACUGGAAGUUGUCGUGCAUCCCGGAGAGAUAAUUGUUCUGGAUACUAACCGCUGGUACCAUCAAACGAAGAUCGUUUCCGAAGAAAUGAGCAUUACUAUCGGUGCUGAAUACGAUUAAAGAAGUGUCUCAUUAAUUAAUAUAUAUAGUGCAGAGAUGAAUAAAAGUAUUUUGCUCGGUCUAA